AUGGCUCUUGGAACUGGAAACGAGGAGGGCGAGAUGCCUGAGGACACCCAGUUGCUGACUGGCAAGCAGGAGCACUACCUGAAGCGAGAGCUGAUCAACUGCCAAGUCCGCAGCGAGAUCGCAGAGCUCAACUCGCCAACCGCUCUGCGUCGCUUUGGAGCGCCCUUCAAGUCGGAGUACGGAGAGGUGGCCCCCGUCGACUCGGAGCUGCCCAUCCUACGCUUCAUAUUCGUCAACCAUGUGCGAAAUUUUCCCUUUCUCGACCAGGCCAAAGAGAAGGAGUUUUGGCAGGAGAAGUUGCAAGUCUUUUUAGAAUCUUUCGCGAACAAGCAUAUUUCUUCCUCUGAGGAUCGCCAUGAGGUGACAAAGCGCCGGAAGCUCGCCCUCAAAUGCGAGAAAUUGGUGGAGCUGAUGAUGGUCUCUGGCAUCCGCACCUCGUCUGGAUAUGAGGAGCGAAUACGUUUCUCUGAGAUGGAAGUGAUCGAUCGGGGGGCAAACGAACAAGGCUUGCUGGCAAAUAUCCCCGAUGGCCACCUGAUAAACGGCUGGGAUGUUAAUGUCGCUGGUGUGCGAACAACUCUAGUUAGGCGGACGGUCAGGUACCAUCAACAUGCGGAAUUCAUACUCAGAGUUCGUCGUCAAGACAAACCUGAUAUUUACAUUGGUCGUCGUUUCGGAGACUUUUCCCAGCUGCAUAGGAGACUGCGAACAGAGCUGCCGGGCAAGAUUCUUCCCCCACUACCAAGAAAAAACAAAAGUUCUAUGUCGACCUUUCUAGGCGGGCCUGAUGAUGAUGCUUCCUCUGUGUCUUCGAUGUCUACCGAAGUAGGGCCUCCGGAAGACGGCGGUUCUUCAAAAAGCCUGCUGUCACAAUCAUAUUUCAGCAAUUCCACUUCACGCAGUUCUUUGAAAUCAAAAGAAUCUCCAAGAGAUUCCAGUGAAGUCAAGACGGAGCCUGUAACCCUAUACCGUGAGCAGCAGCGUGUUUCACUGCGUGCCUUUUUACGGCUAUUACUGCAAAACGAAAGGAUUGCGUCUUCGAAGGCAAUGGAAGAUUUCCUUACCGCCAAUCCUGUACAACUAAAUGAAGAAGAAGAGAUUGAUAUCCAACGAAGAAAGGAUCUAGACGCGAAACGGAUAGAAGAGCAGAACCAAUUCUAUGAAAUCGCGCGAAAACGUGCCCAGGAACUGGAUAUCUAUAUGGAACAGUUCCGCCGGGACAUCGUUGAGAAUAACGGCUUAACAAAGCUUUUCCAAGAGAUCCGUAUCAAAGAGACAGUGGAGGAUCUUAGUCCUCAAUAUCAAAAAUUUGCGGAGUGGCUUCGCAUUGAAGUGGCUGCGACUUUAUAUCACUUAUUCCUCGCAGAGGACAACUCGCCGGAGUUAUUCGCACAAGCGAAAAGAAUCCAUUCUCUCAUUCCAUAUACAAUCAUGAAGAAUGUAAUUCGAAUAGCAAACCCUGCAGCUGUGAUGUCUGGUGUGCUAGAUCUUUUCCUAGCCCAGCCUUUUGGCUCACGAUCGCUUCUUCAGCGGAUCUUUUCAAUGGCAAUUCACGAUGGUAUGAAAGUAUUCCAAAAGUCAAUUGAUGCUUUGGCGGGCAGAAUAGGCGACGACGUGUUGGUCGAAAAGCUUCGGACAUUUACAUACGCAGAUGAGGAUUUGAAGAAUUAUAUAAGGCAAGAAGCGGAGGAUGACGGGGUAGACAUAAUCGUGGCUAUCCUACGCUCGGAACAAAUCCAACCAGAAUUGAGUACUAGCCAAGUCGAGAAAGUAUUCAAUUCAUAUGUUGGCUGGGUGAGCGCUGUGGAAAACGUCGAGGUUGGAAUGCUGCAAGACGCCCAGUGGUUCGCAUACUUAAAGCAGCUCUUGAAGCUGUUAACCAGACAGCGAGACAAGGCCAUGAUGCUGAGCAUCAUUGAAGAGCCUGUAACUCUUCAACUAUUCCGAGACCUAUUUACUAUAUUCUACGAGCCACUGGUUCGGGUGUAUAAGUCAGCCAACGUCUACAACAGUAUCACUGAUUUCGCAGCGUUUGCAAACGAUGCCAUCACCGUGAUUGAACACGCACAACGACAGGAUGUUUCUGCAGACCCGAAUCAAACCGUCCAGGCCUUCAUUGACUUGUGUGUCCGCCAUCAACACAGUUUCUAUAAAUUUGUACAUGAAGUCCACGUUCAUGACAACGGUCUCUUCGAUGCGCUGAUGGGAUGGCUGGAAGAUAUCCUGCAGUUCCUCCGUGAGGGCCCCAAGACCACUUUGGAUAUGAACGCACUAUUCCAGGGAGCCAUCUCUGUCAAGUUAAUAGACAAGGAUCUGGCUAUCGAGGAAAUUGACGCCCUGGUGAAGUGGCAUGCAGACAGGAAGAAGUGGCACCAUGACAAGACCAAGCAGAAGAUGGCCGCCGACGGCAUCGUUCUGGAUUCCAUCCCUGGAAGCGCAACAUUCAAAGGGAGCGAUUUUGGAUUGAAUGAGGCUGACUUGGAAGACUUGGCGAUAUCCGACGAGGCGUCUGACGAGUCCGACGAGAACUCCGAAGACGAUGACCUCGACCCUAUCGCAGCGGAGCGCAAGCGCCGCGCGAAACGACAAGAUCGUCUGCGGCGCACGGCUGGCGAGCCGGUGAAACCUGACAUCCAGGAGCUGUUGAAGAUGAAAGACCUCUUCCUGCAGAUGCUGCGGCAGGUGCUGGCGGAAUAA